AUGGCGCGCCCUCGGGAUGUCUUCUGCCAAUUGAAGACUGCGCCGUCGCCUGUCGAGACGGACGAGAUCUACCCUCUCCACAUGUUAGACGAUACCAAGACGCUCCGGGGUAUUGUCGUGACUUGGACACUGCGCUUCAACAAUGUGCUGGAUGCGGACAAGCUCCACAGCUCUCUCUCGGAGCUUCUGGAGAUCGGGGAUUGGAGGAAGAUGGGGACUCGCACGGAUGAACGUGCAGUAGAGAUCCACGUUCCGCGGCCAUUCACUGCCGAACGCCCUGCGGUAGCAUACAGCCAGGAAAUCCUCGCCGUUGAUAUCGAGAAACAUGAGUUGGCGAGGGCACUUCCAAAAGGGACCGACAGGGCCUCUGUUCAGCCUGGACCUGGAGAAUUUCGGGCCUUUGCGGCUCGGAAAGGGGCGCCGGAGGCUCUAGAUGACUUCAUCUACCACGACGUCCCGCAGCUAUCACUGCACAUCACCCUAUUCAACGACGCGACUCUCGUCUCACUUUCAUGGCCUCACACGCUGAUGGGUGUAAUGGGCCAACAGGGCCUGUUGCGCGGCUGGUCCAUGGUGUUGGCUGGUCGGGUGUCCGAUGUACCACCUGUUCUGGGUGCUCGAGAGGAGGCCAUCCGUGCGGCUGUAGAUGCACCCGUGGAGGCCAAGGAGGAUUUCAAAGUCGGACAAAGCUUUGAAAGGAUGGGCGGAAAACGACAUCUGCUCACGGCAUGGGUCGCGCGCGCACUCACUUCGUCGUUGCCACAACCGCGGCCGGUGACUGUCCUCCACGCCCUCAACGCUCGAUUCAGAAUAUCAUCGCUGGCCAAUUCUCCCGUUGUCUACAUUCAGAAUAUGGCGGUGGCAGCCUUUGCAUCCCUACCUGAGGAUAGUCAUACGAAGUCUUUGGUGCACGUCGCCUUGGAGAACCGGCAGCAUCUGGUGGAGCAAGCGACGGAAGGUCAGGUCCUCGCCUUCCUCCGCGAGCUGCUGCAGAACGCAAAGACGGGCGGCGACCCCAAUAUCUUGUGCUGUCCUUCGGAUGCCGUGUUGCUGCCCUUCACCAACUGGGAGCGGGCCAACAUCUUCAAAACGGCGGACUUUAGCCCUGCGGUUGUGCGUGCAGGAGAGAUGGGGCCGUUGAGAAACAACGCCCCUGGGACGAUUGUGUAUCACCAUGCGGACUCUAUGCGAUCGAGCUCUGCAGUGAGAGAUGUAGUCGUGGUCUUGGGCAAAGACCACGGCGGGAAUUACUGGCUGAAUGGAGUCCUGCUACCAUCGACUUGGCUCAAGAUUAGAGAGGACAUUGAGAGGAUGUGA